GUAAUGUUUGGAUUUUUAUACACAUUAGAUUAUUAUCUCGUUUUCAUGUAACUUGAAAAUGAAAUACUUUCCCAAAGUCUGCCAACUCGCUACCCGCACUGCGGCAUUGUUUUCGGGCAAUUGUUUUGCAACAGAUGCCAUUAUCAGCAUCACAGCAGACUACUUCCGUUUACUCCGGGGACACACUCAAAUGGGUGUGUCCACCAGUUCGCUGAAAGUAGAAGGAUCUGCCAAGUUUCAAGUUCAAGGCAGGCGAAGCCACAAAGGGAUCAACAUUUGCUGAGCGAAAAACCAUAAAUUGUUCACUUUUCAGAACCUUAUGAAGAAAUAAUUGAUAUCAAAUGAGAUCAAGAAUCAACUAAGAACGAAUGUCUGAUGAACCCGUAGAAAGUUUGGACUGGAAGAGAUCCACAGACUCUGCAGACAGAAUUUCUGGCCUAGAGACAACAGCCAUUGACGUCGACAUUGAAGCUGAAGCAGAGAGCAAAGAGAAAGAGGAAUCACCUGAAGAAGCUGCUCGCACUUCACUUAGGGGCGAUACCUUCGAAGUAGACGGAAGGCGACCUUCCACAUCAGCUAUGGGCUUAGAUAAUGGUUCACAUGGCUUUCUACUUUGCUGCGGCCUUGUCGUGAUUAGCAUUGCAGCUCUUCUCACCGUUAUCCUUGUUCCCCUUAGCUUUUCCGAUUUGGAAUACUACGAGAUGGGGUUUGUGAAAAAGAAAUCAACAGGAACAGUAGACAGGAGCAAAGUUUACACGGGUGGACGCCACUUUAUUGGAGUUGAUGGAACUUUCAAGAAAUUUCCAGCAGAUGCCCAUCUUGAGUCAUUUAGCAAAGUUGAGUUUUUCAACAUGGAAAAACUGCAAGUGACCAUGACAUUUUCUUUGCAAUAUUUCCUAAUGCCUGAAGAACUGAAAAGCCUGCAUGAUGCUUAUAACUUAGGCUACAGACCAGUCAUCCGUAACACAGUAGCAUCUGCAAUUAAAGAUGAAGCUUCAAAGUUUUCUGUUAAUGAAUACCGCAAAGAACGACAAAAAGUUUCUGAUGCACUUUUCAAAGCUGCAAAGAUUGCUAUUGGAGGAUCAUGCUGCUACAGCAACUGUCAAAAGUAUAUAUGCCUGCCAGAUUGUUUGCAAAGCAACUGUACAAAAGGUCUGUAUUCAUAUCUAAAGUAUUUUCAGAUGGAGGAAGUAGAUAUAACAGAUGAUCAGCAGAAAAAGUUCCUUCAAACUGUUAUCGAACGGGAAAAGAGAGAUACAGAAGACUUCAAGCAACAGGAAAAGAUUGAAAGAAAAAAAACUGACCAAAAGAAAGUAAAAAUUGAAAAUGAUGCUUUGGAAGUAAAACAAAAUGCUGCCGCAAAGUCUUCGUUAAUCAAAGCUCAAGCUGAUGCUAGUGCCAAAGCUCUGGUUGAGAAUGCUAGAAACUCUGGCUUGCAGCAAAUUUUCGAGGCUGUUAAUAUCACAGCAGAAACACACAAGAAAUCCCUGGAUUACAUUCGCACUAUGCUGAAUCACAAAUCUGCAAAUGUGUAUGUUGGUUUUACAACCAUGGUGGCAAAAGAAGGUACUUAAACUGGUUUAGAUGUCUUUGCAGUUGAGGGGUUGUUUUGUUAAGUUCAUGCUGAAGAGCUAAAGAAUAGAAAAGACUCGAAGCUAAAAUAAAAAAUUUUGAAAAUAAUGUAAUAUACUAAUCAAGAACUUUUGAAUGCUGCCUUUUCCAACUCAGAAUCUUCAAAUUGAAAAAAUUGUGAAUAGGAACUAUCCAUACUAAAUGGUGGUUCUCUUAAUUUCAUUAUAUUUCGGUAUGGAUUACAUUAUCAAAUUUUCUAUGCUGCCUUA